UUCUCAUUUCUAUUUUACCUUGCAAAACUACAUAUUCUCAUUCCUGCCCAGGGAUCUCAAACAAAAGAGUUUGAGCUUAAUCUCGCCUGGGAAUCGAGGGCAUCUGAUAGAGUCGAGCGUCCACAAGCUUUAAUCAAUGGCCAGUUUCCCGGACCCCCUCUGAUCCUGGACGAGGGCGACAGUGUUGAGGCGGUAGUGAAUAAUCUUAUGCCCUUUGAUACCACGGUGCACUUUCACGGAAUUGAGCAACAAGGGACACCGUGGUUAGAUGGUGUGCCUGGAGUUUCGCAAAAGCUUAUUCUCCCGGGCAGAACUUUCACUUCUAGGUUUACCGUGGCCCAAUAUAGAACAUACUGGUAUAUUCAAGAGUAG